GGUCUGAGGACAGCACCCAAACUUUUUUGUAAUCAAUUACCUGCAAAAGCAGAUAUUCCGACAUUUACAAUUUUGAUUGACGGAAGAUAUUGAGACCAAUGUCUUGCUGCAACCUUUUCAUCGUGAUCUGCGUGCUGGCCGCCUUCGGGGGCGGCAUGGGAGACGUGCAAGAGCACGUCUCCUUCAUGGAGAAGUGUGGUGCCCCCGUGGAAGGAGGCACAGGGGAGAUGGAGAUGGGUUCCGAGGGGGAACCCAUCUUGAUGGACUAUUUGAUGCCUGAUAAAACGACCACUGAUAUCGAUGAUACGAACGAAGUUACCUCAGACAAGACCAUGAGUGAUGAGAAUGUAACUAUUGUUGAAACAAAGGAACCGUUGAAUACAACCUCGGUAAAAGGCAUUGAAGGCAAAAAUGAAACAGUUCUGGAAACUACGAAAGAAGAGAACAUAACAUUAGAGAAAGCAAUUGAUAACAAGAACGGAACCAUUGUUGAAACUAAGGAAGAGAACAGAACUGUGGAAAAUCCUGUUGCCGAGAAUGAAAGCACUGUUAAAACCAUUGAGCACAGAAACAAAACGGUACAAACACCUGCUGGUGAUAAACAUGGGACAGAUAUUGAAGCCAGUAAAGAGCAGGAAAAUAAAAUUUUGGAUAAGAUGGUUGAAAAGAAGAGAAAUGAUUUGGAAACUAAAGAACAGGAAAACGAAAUCUUGCUAACAAUCCCUGUUGCUAAGAACGAAACAUUUCUGGAAACUAAAGAGCAAGAAAACAAAACUGUGGAGAAAGCAGUUAUUGAUGAUAAGAACGAAACCAUCGUCGAAACUAAACAGCAAGACAACAAAACUGUGGAAAAGACCGAUGAUAGAAAUGGAACCAUUGUUGAAACUAAACAGCAAGACAACAAAACUGUGGAAAAGACCGAUGAUAGAAAUGGAACCAUUAUUGAAACUAAACAGCAAGACAACAAAACUGUGGAAAAGACCGAUGAUAGAAAUGGAACCAUUAUUGAAACUAAACACCUAGACAACAAAACUGUGGAAAAGACCGAUGAUAGAAAUGGAACCAUUAUUGAAACUAAACAGCAAGACAACAAAACUGUGGAAAAGACCGAUGAUAGAAAUGGAACCAUUGUUGAAACUAAACAGCAAGACAACAAAACUGUGGAAAAGACCGAUGAUAGAAAUGGAACCAUUAUUGAAACUAAACAGCAAGAAAACAAAACUGUGGAAAAGACCGAUGAUAGAAAUGGAACCAUUAUUGAAACUAAACACCUAGACAACAAAACUGUGGAGAAUAAAGUUGAAGAUAGGAACGGAACUAAUGUUGAAACGAAACACCAAGAGAAUAAAACUGAGGAGAAAAAAGUUGAUGAUAAGAACGGAACCAUUGUUACAGCUAAUCAGCAAGACAACAAAACUGUGGAAAAAGUUAUUGAUGACAAAAACAUAACCAUUGUAGAAGCGAAACAGCAAGACAACAGAACUGUGGAAAAUCCCACUGGUAAUAAGAUCGGAACCAUUGUCCAAACGAAACAAGAGGAGAAUAAAACUGUGGAAAAUGAAGUUGAUCAGAACGGAACCAUUGUGGAAAUGAAACAGCAAGACAACAGAACUGUAGAAAAAGCAGUUAUUGAUGACAAAAACGUAACCAUUGUGGAAACGAAACAAGAGGAGAAUAAAACUGUGGAAAAUCCCACUGGUAAUAAGAUCGGAACCAUUGUCCAAACGAAACAAGAGGAGAAUAAAACUGUGGAAAAUGAAGUUGAUCAGAACGGAACCAUUGUGGAAAUGAAACAGCAAGACAACAGAACUGUAGAAAAAGCAGUUAUUGAUGACAAAAACGUAACCAUUGUGGAAACGAAACAAGAGGAGAAUAAAACUGUGGAAAAUCCCACUGGUAAUAAGAUCGGAACCAUUGUCCAAACGAAACAUGAAGAGAAUAAAACUGUGGAAAAUUCCACUGGUGAUAAGAGCGGAGGAGAUAUUGAGAUUAGCAAAGAGGAAGAGAACAAGCCCUUGCUGCAAGGGGUGCACGAUAAGAUCGAAACGGAUGAAACAAUUAGUAAAGAGAUAGAAAACAAAACAUUUGAAAAAGCCGUUGCCAAAAACAACGAAACCUUUGAGGGAACUAAUGAGCAGGAAAACAAAAUGAUAUUUUCAAGGAACGAAACAGAUGCGGAAACUAAAGAACCACAUGAGGAAAUUGCGUUGCCACUAAUCCCAGGUGCUAAGAACGAAACAUUUGAGGGAAUUAAUGAGCAGGAAAACAAAAUGAUAUUUUCAAGGAACGAAACAGAUGCGGAAACUAAAGAACCACGUGCUAAGAACGAAACUAAAGAGCAAGAAAACAAAACGGUAUUUUCGAGGAACGAAACGGUUGGCGAAACUAUAAUAGAACCACACGAGGAAAUUUUACCACGAGCGAACAUAACUCACGAGAGCGAAACAGAAACUGAAGGAAACGAAAGCGAAAUUGUACAGAACAAAUCGAUGAAUCUAGAGACCACGAUAGCGGAAAUUGAAACGACCACGAUAGCGAUUGAGGAAAAAACGGAAAGUAUUCAGAAAUUAAAUGAAGAUCUCAGUAAACAAACAAUACUUCUGCAGAACCGAACAGAAGAUCUUGAGAAAAAAUCAAAUGAAAUGAAAAACAAAAUACUAGAAGUGGAAAACAAAACGAUGCGAUUAGAAAAGGAAUCAGAUGCGAUGUUAAUGGAGAGUGUCAUAAUAGGACGAACGAUGCUGCGUGUGGAGACAGAAACCAAUGACAUUGAAAACAAAGCUGUGGGUUUGAAGGAGACGACCGAGAAUCUCCAGAACAAGACAGGAGACCUGCAGGAAGGAACUAGGAGUCUGCAGGCUCAAAUUGAAGCUCUACAGAACAAGAUGAUGCACUUAGAGAACAUGAUGGAAAAAAUCUUGAACAUGACAGUAGAAAUUGAAGACCAUACAUUAGGUCUGGAAAAAGAAACACUGGAUUUGGAGAAUAAGACAGUCGAAUUGGAAGACAAGGUGACUGGUAUUUAUAAUUGGACUCAACAGAUGCAGAAGCGAACGUCGCAACUGGAGAACAAGACUACUGGACUGCGGAGCAAGACAGUAGGCUUGCAAAACAAGGCAUCAGUCCUGAAAAAGAAAGCUUUGCCUGCAGAUGAUGAUGUGUUGUCUGCGAGGAAAAACAAUGAUGUGGACAAUGUUACAACAUGGACUAUUGUUGAAAAUUCAUCCCGCCAGAGACAUCCAAAGCUAACAAACUCUAUUGGUUAUUCCUAUAAUGUAAAGCGAAAAAACAAGAAUGGAUCGGUUGACUGGCAGUGUUGCAAGCGGUCUCGAAGUGCUGUAAUGUGUCGUGCAACAGUAAAACAGGUCGGAAACAGCUUUAUACCUGGCAACGCUGAACACUGUCAUCCUGCCGAACCCAACAUAACUACAGUGCAUCAAAUCCGAGCUGCUGUGAUGGAAGAGGCAUGCACCAAUAUCUUCAAACCAGCAGGGGAGAUAAAAAAGGACUAUAAGCAUGUGCUCCAAAGUAUUGUCGAUUUAGCAGAUACUGUUGCUGUGGAGCAUGUCACUAUCGAUUAUGAGCAUGCGAUGUGGCGAUUUCACUGGGCCCAGGCAGUGUGGCGACAAGUGCAGGUCCAUGGCUUGCAAACUGCUUAUCGCCAAGACUCUGCCCCCUCAUGGCAGCCUUUCUUCCCUGCCCCACAGACCAGGCCAGAGUCAGCCACUCCUGCCGGCUUCCCCGAGGGUUCCUGCAGGACUGGCCGUGGUGUGUGCUGCCAGGAGCAGUGCUGCAGUGGAGGGGUGAGGUCAGGCAGCAGCAUGAGUGGGCAGCAGCAGUCUGCCUCAGGAGUGGGGAGGCAAAGGUGUGGUGGCAACAAUCGCCAGGAGGCAGAUAGCUCUGUUCACAGAGGAAGGAGCAAGUUUGUGUGUCAGCAGUGUGGUAAAACUUUAACAAGCAAACAAGGGCUUGACUACCACACCCUAACACAGUGGUGUGAAAAAUUAUGA